UUAUGGAUAAGGAAUUGCCCCAUGUAAUCCAUAAUCCAUGAUAAAAAUUUCUGAGAAAGCCUUCAAUGAUGGAUGGCCCACCUUCCAAAGAGUCAUGCAGAUGAGACCCUGAUCUUUUCAGUCUUAUCGCCGCUGAAUUCUUUAGAUUCUUCUCUCACAGACUCAUUUUAUAGAUAUCAAUUGUGCUCGUCGGGUCUCACUAUCUUUAUUGUUUAAUGUUUUAAUAGGUAUGAAGUGUCCGAGUUUGGGUUACACGAUAUACAUAUAGAAAGAUAGGUAGGUCAAGAUUUCAUUGCUAUUUUUCCUGAUACGGACACAUUUGGAUGGAUGUGGUAGAUGGAAUUCUAAAUGAGGGUGCUACGAGAUUUGUGUAUAUAGAUAGGUAUCGAAUGGAUCUAGUGUUCCUAUUCAAAUCUCUCUUCAUUCCUACUCAGUAUUCUCAAUUGAGUACUCUAUUUAUUCUACUUCUAUGCUACAAUUUCCGCAGAAGCAAUCGAAGAAGAUAUAAUCGCUAACUAAACAAUCCAAUCAACAGAAUGUCUCCGGACGAGCAAAUGGAUCCCUCACACUCCGCAGACGAUGUAGAGAAAGGCAUCUCCCCCGACGUCCCUCACGAUGCGCUCGCCCCUUCCUCUUCCAAAACACCCGCGCGCGACGUCACAAUCCCCAUACUUUCUACUCCUCAAAACCGUUUCUUCACCUUCACCGCACGGAUCGAGAACCUCCUUGGUCUCGAAGCUCGAGGUAUUCAUCGCGUGCUCCCCGCAGAACAGACUUCCAAAACUACUCUGUCUUUUCUACAAAUUGUCGUGCUUUGGUUUUCGAUAAAUACUGCGCCGCAGAAUAUUACUUUGGCGAGUCUAGGGACGGGGGUUUAUGGACUGGGUUUUGUGGAUGCGACGCUUUGUAGUGUUUUUGGGGCUGUGGUGGGAGCUUUGCCCGUGGCGUAUACGGCGGGUUGGGGACCGUGGAGUGGGAAUAGAACUUUGGUAGGUGGUAUCUUCUUGGUUAGGGUUAUGUCAUAUAGGUGGUAUGGUUUUGCGGUUCUUGCAUUUGGUCAUUGGAAUUUGAUACAGCCCCUGAGAUGAAAAUUAGCUAACCGAGUCUCUAGAUAUGCGCUCGUUUUACCAUGGGAUGGUGGCCGGUGAAAAUUUGUGUGAUAUUGAAUUUGGUUAUCUUGUUAGGAUAUUCCAUGAUUGAUGCGGUAGUGGCUGGCCAAAUGUUAUCCGCAGUCUCACCAAAUGGCAGUCUAUCUGUGGAAGUUGGAAUUGUCGUUUCAGCCGUCUUAACAUUUACGGUAACAACAUUCGGCAUCAAAAUAUUUCAUCAUUAUGAGAGAUUCGCCUGGAUUCCACAAACAUUUGUUCUUUUGAUCUUGGCCGGAACGGCUGGUCCAAAGUUCGACAUUCAUAGUAAAUCUACAGUCGAAGGCUCAACACUCGCUGGGAAUCGUCUUUCAUUCUUCUCAAUCUGUCUCAGUGCUGCAAUCACAUACGCCCCUAUAGCAGCCGAUUUCUUCGUCUAUUGUGAUCCAAAAAUUGCAUCGCGCUGGAAAUUUUUCGCUGCAACUUUACUUGGUCUUUCUCUCUCCUUUACAUUCACUUUCGUCAUAGGAGCCGGUCUUGCAUCCGGUAUCAUCAAUAACCCAUCUUGGGAAGCGGCAGGAGCAGGUUCAGGUGCUCUCAUCGUUGCUGGUUUCGAAAGUCUGGGUGGCUUCGGAAAAUUUUGCUCAGUUAUUGCCGCUUUGGGCUUGAUUGCCAAUAUGGUUCCUCCUACCUAUUCUUGCGGUAUCGAUUUCCAAGUCCUAGGUCGUUAUCCGGCUAUGGUUCCAAGAUUUCUUUGGAAUACAUUCGGUGUUGUCGUUUUCACCGUUUGUGCACUCGCAGGUCGUAAUGAUCUUUCUGAAAUCUUCACCAAUUUCUUAUCUUUGAUGGGAUACUGGGUCGUUCUUUGGAUCGUUAUUACAUUGGAAGAAGAAUUCCUCUUUAGACGUCGCAAAAAUCCAACGUUUGUAUGGAGUGAUUGGGAUAAACAGGAAAAAUUACCGCUCGGGAUUGCGGCGUUUGUCGCGUUUUGUGUAGGUUGGGUUGGGGCGAUUUUGUGUAUGAGUCAGUAUUAUUUUAUAGGACCGCUUGCGAAGAUGGUUGGGAGUGAGGGGGGUGAUAUGGGAAAUUAUGUGGGGUUUGCUUGGGCCGGUUUGGUGUAUCCUGGACUUAGGUGGUGGGAAUUGAGGGGGUUUGGGAGGUAGAGUUGGGCAGGGUUGGGGAGGGUUGGGGAGAGGAGAGGAGAGGAGAGGAGGAUGAAAAAGGAAAGAUAAAAAAGGAAGAGGAUUAAAUGCAUGGUUUCGGGUGUUUUAUGAAAAUUACGAUAUAUGGAAAAUUAACUUAUUGAUGGUGAUGGGAAAGGGGGGAGGGACUACAUCAUGGGUUUAAAAGUUAUAUAUACAAUGCUAGAAUAUUAAAUCUUAGACACAAUAUAAAGAGGAAAACGUCAGGAAGCAAAA